AGAGCUUCAAACAAGGAGCCAGCUUUGGCAAAAGAGUGUGAGCAGGUGAGACAUGGCAUGGCUUUGCCUCUUGCCAUCUCUGUAUCACUGUCCCAUAGCCCCUGAGCUUCCAGGAAGGCCAGGAAGCUACUAAGAAGCCAGGAAACAACAGAGGUCCACCAGGCUGCAGUUUCGCCUCUGUCUUCACAGCCCCUGCUGCAACCACAGGCUCCAUGAGGAAGCAAGAUCUGUGGAGGGACAGAGAGAAACGCCUGGCCUGCAGCGCUGGCUCCCCGGCUGAGCAGGUGAAAGCACUUGUGGACCUACUGGCUGGGAAGCGUGGUCAGCUGCUACAGGCCCAUAACAAAAUGCCAGAUUCCCCGCUGCGAUCUCAAAGCGAUGGUAAGUCUUCCACAGGGCGGGGGAGCAACAGGGGAGGGUAUCUGAACCCUCUCACCUUACCCUGGGACCUUACCUGUUUUGCUCUCUGCCAUACAGAUUCGAGGAUAAGGAAGCACUGUGAGGCUCUGCUGAGCAGGGUAGGAAACGACCCAGAACUGGACAGCCCCUCGCAUCGACUGGCCAACCUCAUGCUGGUAGAGGGCCUGACAGACCUGCAGCUAAGGGAGCAUGACUUUACCCAGGUGGAGGCCACACGUGGGGUCUGGCACCCUGCCAGGGCCAUCACCCUGGAUAGGCUCUUCCUGCCUCUGUCCCGGGUAUCCAUCCCACCUCGCAUCUCUAUCACCAUUGGAGUGGCUGGCGUGGGCAAGACUACUCUGGUGAGGCAUUUUGUUCGUUGCUGGGCCAGAGGACAAGUGGGCAAGGACUUCUCAGUGGUUCUACCCUUGACCUUUCGGGAUCUUAAUACAUAUGAGAAGCUGUCUGCAGACAGACUCAUCUGUUCCAUCUUCCCAAACACUGGGGAUGCUAGUCUGGGGGUGACAGCCCCAGACAGAGCUCUCCUAGUCCUGGAUGGUUUGGAUGAGUGUAAGACACCCCUGGAAUUCUCCAACACCAUGGCCUGCACAGACCCAAAGAAGGAGAUCCAGGUAGACCACCUGGUCACUAACAUCAUCCGAGGCAACCUCUUUCCAGAAAUUUCUGUCUGGAUCACCUCCCGUCCCAGUGCUGCUGGUCAGAUCCCUGGAGGCCUAGUGGACCGGAUGACUGAGAUUCGGGGCCUUACUGAGGAAGAGAUCAAAGUGUGUCUGGAGCAGACAUUUCCUGAGGAUCAGAACCUCUCAGGUCAGGUACUGAGUCAGGUACAGGCCAACAGGGCUCUGUAUCUGAUGUGCACCAUACCAGCCUUUUGUCGGCUCACGGGGAUGGCCCUGGGUCACUUGUACCACACCAGGCUGGCCGUCCACGACACAGAGCUGCCACUGCCUCAGACCCUGUGUGAACUCUACUCUUGGUACUUCAGAAUGGCCCUGGGAGGGGAGGGACAGGACAAGGGAAAGGUAACUCCUAGGAUUGAGCAGGUGACCCAGGGGGCCCGCAAAAUGGUGGGGACACUGGGACGCCUGGCCUUCCAUGGGCUGGUUAAGAAGAAAUACGUGUUUUAUGAGCAAGACAUAAAGGCAUUUGGCAUGGACCUCACUUUGUUGCAGAGCACUCUGUGCAGCUGUCUCCUGCAGCGGGAAGAGACUCUGGCCUCUUCCGCAGCUUAUUGCUUCACUCACCUAUCUCUGCAAGAAUUUAUGGCAGCGACAUAUUACUACAGUGCUUCCAAGAGGGCCAUUUUUGACCUCUUUACCGAGAGUGGCAUGUCCUGGCCCAGGCUGGGCUUCCUCGCACAUUUCAGAUGUGCAGCCCAGCGGGCCACACAAGCUAAGGAUGGGAGGUUGGAUGUGUUCCUUCGCUUCCUCUCGGGCCUCUUGUCUCCAAGGGUCAACACUCUGCUGGCCGGCUCCCUGUUGGUCCAAGGUGAGCACCAGAGCUACCGGGCCCAGGUGGCUGAGCUCCUACAAGGCUUGCUACGUCCCGACACUGCAGUUUGUGCACGUGCCAUCAACGUCUUGUACUGCCUGCAUGAGCUGCAGCACACAGAACUGGCCUGCAGUGUGGAGGAGGCCAUGCAGAGUGGGGCCUUGGCUGGGAUGACCAGCCCCUUGCACCGCAAGGCUUUAGCCUACCUCCUGCAGAUGUCUGACAUCUGCUCUCCGGAGGCCAACUUAUCCCUGUGCCUCAGCCAGAGCGUCCUCCAGAGCCUGCUGCCCCAGCUGCUCUACUGUCAGAGCCUCAGCCUGGCCGAAAACCAGAUUGGUAACAAAGGGGCCAAAGCUCUGGCCAGAUCCCUCCUGGUCAACAGAAGUCUCAUCACACUAGACCUCCGGAGUAACGCCAUUGGACCACAGGGGGCUAAGGCUCUAGCAGAUGCUCUGAAGAUAAACCGAACUCUAACCUCUCUAAGCCUCCAAAGCAACGUGAUCAAGGAUGAUGGUGUCAUGUGCAUGGCUGAGGCCCUGGUCUCCAACCACACCAUCUCCGUGCUACAGCUACAGAAGAACCGAAUUGGGCCCAGAGGCGCCCAGCAGAUGGCAGGCGCUCUGAAGCAGAACAGGAUUCUGAAGGAACUCAUGUUCUCCAGCAAUACCAUUGGGGAUAAAGGUGCCAUGGCCCUAGCUGAGGCCCUGAAGGUGAACCAGGGCCUGGAGAGCCUGGACCUACAGAGCAAUGCCAUCAGCAACACAGGAGUAGCAGUGCUGAUGCGAGCCCUCUGCACUAACCAGACACUCUCCAGUCUCAACCUACGAGAAAACUCCAUCAGCCCAGAGGGAGCCCAGGUCCUUGCUCAAGCUCUCUGCAUGAACAACGUGCUGAAGCACUUGGACUUGACAGCUAAUCUCCUUCAUGACCAAGGUGCCCAGGCCAUUGCAGUAGCAGUAGGAAAAAAUGACUCUCUCACACACCUCCACCUGCAGUGGAACUUCAUCCAGGCUGGUGCAGCCAGGGCCCUGGGACAAGCCCUCCAGCUGAACAGGACCCUGACAACCUUAGACUUACAGGAGAACGCUAUAGGGGACGAAGGAGCUUCUGCAGUGGCCGGUGCCCUGAAGGUGAACACAACGCUCACUGCUCUCUACCUACAGGUGGCCUCCAUUGGUACCCAAGGGGCCCAGGCACUUGGGGAGGCCCUGGCUGUGAACAGAACCUUGGAGAUUCUUGACUUACGAGGAAAUAAUGUUGGGAUAGCUGGAGCCAAGGCCUUGGCAAAUGCUCUCAAGUUAAAUUCCAGUCUCCGGAGACUCAAUCUCCAAGAGAACUCCCUGGGGAUGGACGGGGCCAUAUAUGUUGCCACUGCACUGUCUGAGAACCGUGGUCUUCAUCAUAUUAAUCUCCAGGGAAAUCCCAUCGGGGAGUCCGGUGCCAGGAAGAUCUCAGAGGCUAUCAAGACAAAUGCUCCCAUGUGCACUGUGGAAAUGUAAGGGAAGCAAGGUCCUGGUGGGCCAUGCAGUGACUCAACGGGAAGGUUUUGAUCAGAGAAACAUCUGAUCUCUGCGUAUCUUCCUGAAAUCUGCAACUGUCGAGCCGGCUCUCAAGCGGUGUCCUGAAUAGAGGAAGGAAGGGCACUUCCAACAGAGGUCAUAGGCACCUUUCCUGC